CUCUGAACACAUCAAUUAAUCACAUUAACUCUCAACAGUUGGUACCACUUCAUAAAUGAUAGUGCCAUUUUUAUCUGCCAUUUCUUUCGGUCAUCUCCAUCUGAAAAGAACUACUUUAUUAAAGUAAUCAAAUCGAAUUAAAACAAAUCACCGCUGACGCCUAAUUAUUAAUUAGUUUAGUAAUAAUCAAUUAAUCAACAAGCAAUUACAAUGAAGCAGAGGAUCGUAAUAAGUAAUUGCCUUCUGUUAAUUCUGUGCACAAGUUUGACGGCUAGUGCUCCACAAGAUGCAACGAUAGCACCAGUAACCCAACCGAUUGCAACAAAUGAACCCACUAAAACUAUCACUGAAGUCCAAACUGAAGAAGUAGAAACAUCGACUUAUGAACCUAUGUUUAUCAAAAAUGCAGCCUCUUUGGAAUAUAAUGAAGGUACUCCGAGUGUUUCAGUUCAACCAGAACCUGCCCCAAAUGAUACUACAACAGUGUCUCCACCUGAAACAACCUCACAACCAACAACUGUGCCACCAACAACUCCUCCAACUACAGAGCCCCCAACAACCCCACCAACAACACCUCCAACAACCCCACCACCAACUACAAAGCCCCCAACAACCCCACCAACUACCCCUCCAACGCCUGAGCCUACAACUGUUAAACCUGAACCGACAACCAUGGAACCCAUUGUGUCGACCACUGUGGCACCAGAGAAACCGAGGAGGUUCGAUGGGGCUUCAUUUAUUGGGGGCAUGAUUUUGGCUAUUGGACUUAUGUGCAUCGGUCUCGUAGCAUACAAAUUCUACAGAGCAAGGACGGAGAGGAACUAUCGCACCUUAUAAGACUCACAAACGAA